AAUUAGUCAGCCUAGAAUUUGACCUAUUUCUAAAUAAGCCAUGAUAUUUGUGCUAUCUUCGAUAAUUCACAUGUCGGAGUGUUCUAGUCUAUCAUCCUUUUCUCACGCUAUCUUCGUUGAUUCGCUGACUUUGACAUCUAUUGGUUUUACCAUUUUUCUUCUUUUUUACAGGGAAAGGUUGAAAUCACAGAAGAAGGCAUUAAAUUACUUGAAAAGUUGACGAAAUCAUUGAAUUCUGCUAACACAACAAAUGGUGGAUGCCCCAUAGCUGAAAGUCCAGUGAAAGAAAACAUUUCAACGCCACAUAAUGGUAAAAGCAAUACAUCUAAGAAAAGGAAACGUGUAGCUGCUCCUUCUCCUGAGAGAGUUAAACAACCUAAUUGUGCGUUGAAAGAUAUUGUGCACUUUUAUCCGGCUUUAUCAUCGAGCAGUCGAACUUCAUCAAAGGGAACGACGCACAAUUCUGUAGGAUAUGAACAUUCUCAAUCUGGUAUUACCGUUGGUACUUCUUCAUCAAUGCAUAUUCCUCCCUUUCAUACUGAACAGCCGAUAACAUCUGUAAAACAACCCACCAGUCUCAAGUUUCUCGAUGCUUUUGAAUGUGGGGAGGAAUGGCUUCCUGGCUUGUUGAAACCAACGAACCUGGAGAACUUUAUCAGAGAGAAUUAUGGAAAAUCUCCAUUGCAUGUAAAACGAGGCGAUCGAUCCAAAUAUAAGAGUGAUAUUUGGUUAACGUCAUCUGAAUUGUUUGAAAUAAUGCUUGAGGUAAGUAGAUGGAUGUGUGUGUACGCAUUUUAGGCUUUCAAACAUGUUGAGGCUUUUGUUUUUGCGUAUCCAGUCAUCUGAAGUGUGAUGACAGCCAAUGGUUGUCCGACAAGGAUACUCAGUGUCCCCAUUUUCUUUUGGUUUCAUGGAUCUACUGGCAUUUUCUGUUCUUCGGUAACGUGAAAUUAAAGCUCAGAGUUAGUGCCAGUGGAUUUUUAUUGCUCAUAACCCGAAUUGUGGUGGAUAGACGCAAUGAAGACUAAUUCUGGUGGGCUGCAAACAUGAUGAGGGGCGAAAGCUGCUCAGUGUGUGUCUGCAACGACAAAACCAAAGGAGAUGAAAAGUGAUAUCGGUGAUAUGUAAUGCCAGACGACUAUGUUUACUUUAUUUGGGAAACAGGUUUGCAAAAGGACAAGUAAUAAGCGAGACAAUCUCCUAAAAGAACAACGCUUUGAUUACCCCUCUCAGAAUAGAAGACUGAAACACUUUGAAGGGAACACUGAGGAGCAACUUAACUGACCUGUAGUCACUCACAAUUUACCCAGUGUGACGUCAAACCCGAUCAAUUUUGGAACAAAUCAAAUCCCCCACUGAGUCUCGAAGGCGGUCAGCAUCUGUUGUUUCAAACGCUAAGGCGUUAUGCCCUAGACCACUGUGAGCCAUGAUGUCCACCUUUUGUGUUUGGUAUCUCUGUUGAUAUGUUGGCCGUUAUCGCAGAUUUUGCGAUGAUGUCUCAUUGGAGGGGCUAGGAUGGUGAUACAUGAAGACCCAACUGACGAGUCUUCUAGAUUGUACAAAAUACACAAGCUUUAUCUUCAUGAAUUGUUUAUCAAUGUCAAUCGAUCAAGUAAGGUACACAAACAAAUGAAUGCGGUGGCAAUGGGAUCACCAAUAUCCCCAAUAGUUGCAGCAAACAUGUGUAUGGAUAAUUGAGAACAUAAAGCUCUUAGAACGUGCUCUUGAGUAGGUUAUAGUGGAGAUAUGUGGAUAUGACAAAUUCACUGUGUUAAAACCUGAACAUAUCAACCCUCAGUUCUUCACACUCAUAUAAACUCAAUAGUAGACAGAAUCCAAUUGACAUUUAAAUCAGAAAAUUGACAAGGUGAGUUAAUUAUGCCAAUAUGCUGUAAAAUAAAACGGAUACUAGCAUUUAUAGAUGAAACCUGCACACUGAUGAAUACUUAGACUCAAAUUAGUCCUGUCCAGAGUCGGUAAAUGAAGCUAGGUUUAGUUAAAUCUUGUUUGUACAAUCGGACUAGGUGCCUAACUAGUAAAUGAAUGAAAUCAAACAAAUUAAGAAAAUGUUACUAGUGACUGACUAAACUACCCACUAGAGUUUAUUCAGAAAUGCAUAAGAAACCAUUGAGAAAACAAGAUUAGUAGUGAAAAUGAUCAAAAAUAAUAUAGACUUGAAAGCCUCUGUUUUAGUACUGUCGUAUAAACAAGAAACGUCUCAGUGAGGCUGGAACUAGUUAGUUGGGGUGGCAUUAAAACCAAGCAACCAGCUGUCUCAGAGAUAGAAUUUGUCGGCUGAAGGACCCAAUAGAUCUAAUUAAGAAAAAAAAUCUAGCAAAAUUUACCCAAUAGCAUAUGAUAACUGUGGGACAAAUUACAUUAGACUAAACCUAAGUUCUGCGACACUCAGUGAGUGAGAGAGUCAAUUAGGCAGAAAUCAAUGUAUUUACCAUCAUCAUUAUUAUUUUUUAUUUUUUUCCUUUCUUGUCAAAGGAGCCACUCCUCUACGGCGAACAUGUGGAUCUGCUUGACAGUGGAACACAAUCAUCACAAGAAACCAUGUACCCACGAGGAGAAAGAGCUGUCUCCGAAGUUGUAUUCAAUCAUUAUGCUGGAAAUGGUGGAAUACGCUUCAGUAAUCCCCAGACAUACGUACAGCGUAUCUUUCCUCUUUUGAAUACCUUACAAGAAAAUUUUGGUUGUCGCUGCUAUGCUACAGCUUACUUGUUUCCCUCAGAAUUCACUGGAUUCACCGUAAAUCGAUCGCAUGUGGACGUGUUCAUCCUACAACAAGAAGGAAAACAAAAAGUGCAAGUUUCAAGGAGUACAGAAGGAGAGAUGGCAGGUGAAAAUAAAGAUAUUUUAACCUUUGCGAUGAAUCCUGGUGACUUACUUUACAUACCCAAAGGUUCUCAAUUCAGCAUGGCGCCUAAUUCCUCUAAACAUUCACUUCAUAUUUGUAUUAGCCUUGAUGAAAAGUAUACUUGGGCUGAUUAUUUAACUGAAUUAUUCCCAAUUAUAAUAAAAUCUGCUGCGGAAAAUGAUGCCGACUUUAAUCAGUCACUUCCAAUAAAGUGUUUCAAAGAUAUUGGUUCACUUUACACUAUGUCAGAUGGCAAUAGAGAGAUGGUUGAACGUGAACAGGAAUUUCGUCAGCGAACCGUUGAGCUAUUGAAACGCUUAGUGAAUAAAAUUGAAUGUCGGGAAAUAUUGACAGUCAGCACGUCUGAAAACAGGGAGUUUGGCAAUAAGAAUAACAACAGUCAAUCACGACAACAAAACUUUCAAUUGAAAACCACCUCCUUGCCUAACUGUGGUGAUUGACUAUUUUUAUCUUUGUAUUGUUUAAAUACUUACUGUUGUUUGUUAAUAUAUUUAUUAUUUUGAUUUGAAAAUAUAAUUCCGCCAAAUACAAAUUCCUAAAUUCAUCCUUCUCAGUGUUUUGGUUGGGUUCCUGUAAUUCGGUCAUUGCGAAAUACAAUACUACUAGUACAAAUAAC